GUUCUCCUCAGUCCUACAGUCAGUCUUCGUAUUUCGAACAGAGCACACAAUUUUGGUGGCUCUCCUACCAACCUCAUUUGGUUAUUUUGCUUUCAUCGCCCACCCAAAGUUCCAUUUGAUUUUGAAGUGCACAGAAUAUUUUCGUUUCUGAAAUUCCAGUGGGCUGCUCAUUUUUCGUCAGUUCUUAUCAAAAUAAUAGAACCAAUUUCGUCUGCUGCAGCAACCCAAAGGAAUGACCUUUUGACCCUAUUGGAUAGAUUAUACCACAAAUACGACCAACGACGUAGAAACAAUCAUGCAAUUGGACAAACAAGAAAGCGAAGACUGUAACUCCCCGGUAUGGCAACAACUACUUCCGACAUCCGUUCCAACGUCAGUGAUUGAGCGGAGUGAAGUAAGAGUCAACAUCCCGACCGACGAACCCACUGCUCCACAUGGCGAUAAACCCAAGAAGAUGGGCAGUAGCUCUUGGUUUCCUUCGUUUGCACCUUCCUGGGCCGAACGACAGAGGUUGCGGAAUGGUGGAGAAAUCUUCCGACAGCAUAUUAACAGCGCGUCUAGCAGCGCUGGAUCAACGGAAGGAGAUCCUCGGAUAAAUGCACCAAAAUCGUCCACCGAGAAGAGUUCAUCGAGUCCGCUCAUGAGGUACAGACAAAACCGAUGGAGUUCACGGAGAAUUCGGAAACGCGUUGUGCUGAAAAAUGGAGAGUGCAACGUUGUCCAGAGUAACGUAGCCAAACGAAGGCGUCGCUACCUAGCCGAUAUUUUCACGACCAUGGUUGAUAUUCAAUGGCGCUGGACACUUCUUAUCUUCACGGCCAGCUUUGUAUUAAGCUGGCUGGCCUUCGCCGUCCUAUGGUGGCUAAUCGCUUUCACUCACGGUGACCUAGAGCCCGAACACCUACCCGAUAAUCAAGCGGCAUCCGGCUGGAAACCGUGCGUCGGCAACAUUCACGGUUUCGCCUCAACCUUUUUAUUCAGCAUCGAGACACAGCACACUAUCGGUUACGGUUACAGAUACACGACCGAGGAGUGUCCUGAAGGCAUUUUCAUCAUGUGCAUUCAAAGUAUUAUCGGUGUAAUGAUUCAGGCGUUUAUGGUAGGCGUUGUUUUCUCCAAGUUGACUCGACCCAAAAUGCGAGCUCAGACGUUGCUUUUUAGUCGAUCUGCUGCUAUUUGCCAGCGUGACGGUCAGCUCUGCUUGAUGUUCCGCGUGGGAGAUAUGCGUAAGUCGCACAUAAUCGACGCCAGCAUCCGCGCACAAAUGAUCCGCAUGCGAGUAACGAACGAAGGCGAAAUGAUGCCGUACUUUCAGUACGAAUUGAAAGUCGGUUUCGAUCACGACGAGAGCAAUCUUUUCCUCAUCUGGCCCAUGACGGUCGUUCACAAAAUCACGCCAGAUUCUCCUCUCUACAACGUAUCCGCUUCCGAUCUUUUGAAAGAUAAAUUCGAAAUUGUCGUUAUCCUGGAGGGUACCGUUGAGUCGACCAGCAUGACCACACAGGCUCGUUCUUCUUACCUGCCGUCUGAAAUCAAAUGGGGCCACCGGUUUGAGCCGCUCGUAUCCUUUCGCAAGGAUACCGGUCAAUAUGCUGUUGAUUACAGCCUUUUUAACAAUACGUACGAAGUAGAUACGCCUCUUUGUAGCAGCCGCGAUUUGGAUGAGUUUAAAAAACUCCGAGAUGAAAAUCAAUUAGGUAAUGCACAAACAAAGCAAGUGACGAGACCGAUGCAGUCGAUGCCUCUGCAACUUACUUUCAAUCGGAAUUUGUUGAUUGAUCCAUCAAUCAUCAAUACUCCAAUGAUGAGGGGAGUUGCACCUCUUGCUGUGACUCCUGCUCCGCUCACAACUGUCAUCAAUGCCAGCAACGUUAACAGACCAGUUGUCGUGCCAGUGAUGACUACAGUUGAUUCACCGACCAGCGACUCCCUCACCACGUGAAUCUAAAAGUUGCUAAUUAAAAUAAUUAUUUCCAUCAUCACCCAGUAAAAUGGGAUGUAGAAAAAAGCCAGAAGAUACUUUUCGUUUUAUAACUAGUUCUUCGUAUACCGUAAUGUGCAUAUUCGCUUUAUAUCCAUGAUAUAUAAAUAUAUAAAUAUUAUGUUCGUUUAGGAUUAAAAAUAAGUAAAACACAAAAAAAAGAAAAAAAAAUCUGAGUAUUGUUAUUGGAGCGUGUGCCUUUACAUUCAAUCAUAUCGAUGUAUUGAAAUAAUAGCGAAAUUUGUCUUCCAUAAUGUAAUGCCUUGUUUUGCCUUUGUGCGACUACGCACAACGAACACAACUCGACACCGAGAAUAACGUGUCUUCUUUCAUUAACAAAUUACAUAUUUUUCGGUGUUUUGUUUUCGUAUCGCUCGCCAUAGAUCAAUUAAAUAAUUUUUUUCCUGCGGAACCUUUUGUUUCAAUACAUUAAAUAUGAAAAUCUA